UGCUCACACUGCUACGAACACUAUUGCUUCAGCGAAUUCUAUACUUGAGUAGCUGUAUCUGAGUCUUUUCGUUCUCUCCCCAAUCAACUGAAAAUUCAGACAAACUAAAAUCUCAUACAAUUUGAGAUCUUAUCGCACCAGUUUUUUCACUUUUUUCACAGCCAUUGCAACCCUAGCUUUGCAAUUCCCACACAACUAAUUCUGAUUUCGUCUUCAAUAUGGUCAAAGUCACAGUCUGUGGAGCUGCCGGUGGUAUCGGCCAGCCCUUAUCGUUGUUGUUGAAGUUGAACCCAGCCGUCAGUGAAUUGGCUCUUUUUGACAUUGUCAAUGCCAAGGGUGUCGCAGCUGAUUUGUCCCACAUCAACACUCCGGCAGUGGUUACAGGACACCAACCAGCUAACAAAGAAGACAAGACAGCCAUAGUUGACGCUCUUAAGGGUACUGACUUGGUAGUUAUUCCUGCUGGUGUGCCCAGAAAGCCUGGUAUGACCAGAGCUGACUUGUUUAACAUCAAUGCACUGAUCAUUAGAGACUUGGUAGCAAACAUCGGCAGAACCGCUCCAAAUGCCGCCAUCUUGAUUAUCUCCAACCCAGUUAAUGCCACGGUGCCAAUUGCUGCCGAAGUGUUGAAGAAGUUGGGCGUUUUCAACCCAGGCAAGUUGUUUGGUGUCACCACCUUAGACUCUGUCAGGGCCGAAACCUUCUUGGGUGAAUUGAUAAACGUGAAUCCUUCGCAAUUGCAGGGAAGAAUUUCCGUGGUCGGUGGUCAUUCCGGUGACACCAUUGUUCCUUUAAUCAACGUAACUCCAGACGUUUCCGCCAAGGUAGCCAACAUUUCCAAAGCUGAUUACGACAAGUUUGUCAACAGAGUUCAAUUUGGAGGUGACGAAGUUGUCAAGGCCAAAAACGGUGCUGGUUCCGCCACUUUGUCUAUGGCUUACGCUGGCUACAGAUUUGCAGCCGGUGUGUUGAACUCGUUGGGUGGUGCUUCCACUUCUUCUUCCGGUGUUCCAGACUCCUCCUACGUCUACUUGCCAGGCGUACCAGGUGGUAAGGAGUUCUCAGCCAAAUACUUAAACGGAGUAGACUUCUUUUCCGUUCCUAUUGUUUUGGAAAACGGUGUCAUCAAGUCGUUCAUUAACCCAUUCGAACACAUGAAGAUCACGCAGAAGGAACAGGAGUUGGUGAAGGUAGCUUUGGGCGGUUUGGAGAAGUCAAUCGAACAAGGAACUAACUUUGUUAAGGGCUCCAAAUUGUGAUGGAUGCGGUUAUAGAACGACAUACAUAGCUAUUUAUUGACUAACUUGAAUCUACGGUUUGAUACAGAACUACUAGG